AUGUCAACUGUUGUUAUUCGACCAGGUGGCCCUACCGAGCCUCAAUACCUUCCAGCAAGAAAUUAUCCUACAAAUAACGUCACACCACAUUUCGAAUAUGUCUCGUAUGAUAGAGUUCAAGAUCUUUAUGAACAAAGAAAAGGACAUUUUUAUUUCAUUCCCGAAGGAUUCGAACCCGUUCUAGUUCCUAAUGAUUCUAAAGCUCAAACCGUGACGAAUCUAUUGGAAACCUCAAAACCCGUUUCCACGGCUCCAAAUGUCUCACGAAUGCUUCCAGAUACUGACGUCCGUCUACCAUCUUUUGCCUUACCUUGCGGCGUUUCCGGGCCAUCCAAGAAAGAAUCCACCCCCAAUGGGAAAAUUCCUAAAGUGAAGAAACCACCGAGACCACCAAACGCAUUCAUCCUUUACAGACGAGCGAAGCAACCGACCAUCGUUGCACAGCAUCAAGGCAUCACAAAUAACGAGGUUUCCAAAGAGAUUGGCAAGUUGUGGCACAGCGAGCCGAUGGAAGUUCGUCUUAAAUUCCAAAAGAUGGCCGAAGCAGCUAAAGAAGAGCACAUGAAGAAAUACCCAGAAUACCGAUAUCGUCCAAGAAGACCACAGGAGAGGAAACGCCGCGUUAAUACACGUGAUUCAGCCAGCCGAAGGUCAUCCACCCCGGUUUUACCUCAUCACCUAACGACGUCCAUGUCCGAAAAUCCCGAAUACAUCCCAAGACGGGUUUCUUCAAUAUCUAGCGAAGGGGGUGAUAAUGGAUAUAAUGCAAGUCCUCCACCACACAACAUCUCGGAAGACGGAAUCGAAUUUACCGAUUUUGAAGAUUAUAACGAUUAUAAUCAACAAAUCGUCUCCAUAAUGGGUUCGGCGAAUCAUCAUUAUCAUCCUCACCAGUACAUGACCAAGAAUGGUUAUUAA